GCCAAGUUUGAAGUUUGACCUUGUUAUUGUUUUUUGUUUUAAAUAAGCGAAAUAAUCUUAAACGUUAACAUUCCUGGGUAGUUGUAGCAUACAAUAAAAGCCAGACGGUAACGUAACAUUACCAUAUUGUUUCUUGGAAUACUGAAGUUAUUCUUUGUUAUUUCACUGUUAUGGGUUGCCACGUUUCAGCUGAUAGUUCUAAUAGUUUUACAUGGGACGACUAUCUUAAGAAAACAAACGGUCGCCCGGCGAAGUUGGAGUGCUUUAAACAGUCUCUUGUUCCUCCGCCAAACUAUUUCGAGGUGAAUACCAUUCUAGAAGCGGAGGAUCAACGUAGCGCAGCUCUUGUUCUCAAUCCAUAUUCAAACGACCUAAUAAAAGCACGUUAUGCUAAUAAUUCUACUAUUAGUAAUCAACAGCUGUUGGAGACCCCAUGUAGAAGGUCCAGUUUGAAUCUUCACUCCAGUGGAACUGUCCGACGCUUCAGAGCAGCUUCAUUCAGUUUAGCUCGAGUGAUAGAAACGUGUGGUCCACGUUUGAGAAUACGUCUGGUUGGAACUGAUGAUCGUAAUGAUUAUUGGUUCUUAGUUGAUUCUGAUCAAAUCAGACCUUACCCUUCUGGAAGUCCACUACAACCACCCUUUGGCUAUAUGCAUAAUCAUCUUGUGUGGAAUCGUACUCUUAAAAAAGCAACUGAAGGAACGCGUUUUGCAGAUCCUUCGUGGUUCAUUUCACAACCACCAGAUCCAGAGGAUAACUACUUCCAAGUGAAUGACAAGUUAGAGGCAGUAGAUCGUAGAAAUACUCAACUGAUAUGUCCUGCAUCUGUAGGCGCAGUGAACGGCCACCAUAUUUUGAUAAAUUUUGAUGGUUGGUCGGGAGCUUUUGACUAUUGGGCUCGUUUCGAUAGUCGUGAGCUAUUUCCUGUCGGUUGGUGUAAGUUAGCCAACUACCCUCUUCAGCCACCUGGACCAAACGUUAUACGCUCUCCAGUUAUUCAUUCAACCCCUAGUUUCCUGUAUGCUCAUAAUUCUGUUUCCCAAGCUCCCAGCAUCUCACCAAAAUAUCUAUCUAAAGUACUUACUAACAGUUGCAGUCGUAUCACAAAGACAGAUAAAACGUCCUCAUGUCCUCGUAAGAAGUUGGGACAUUCAAGAAGAAUUAAAUCGCAUGCAAAUUUAGUCAGGAGUAAUUUGUAUGACGAAUCAGAAAGCUCAACACCUUUUAGGGAUCCUUGUGAGCCGUCAGCAAAACAACCUCCAAGUAUAAGGAGUUCAUUUUCUCCAGUUUUAUCAAUGCCGAAUCAUAAUAGCGUUGCUUCCAACCAUAUGGACAUCAAUAAAAAUGAACGUGUUGAUUUGUUUGUGGAACCUAAUUCCCUAAAUACUUCACAAGUUGAUUCUUCCAUUCGGUCCCUGACAUCACCCAUUGUCCCUCCUGUCCUAGAAGAUGCAAGUGAUUCUUUAAACACGUUUUACUCUUCGUCUCCCCCUGAACAUCCUCCACGAAUCGAAGCUUCUGAAUUUGUGAGUGAUUCUGCGAACGGACGUCGUCGACGUUUCAGUGGCCCUUCCGAUUGCGUUGUGCGUCUUCAAGCGAAAUCGUCACUGAUGCCAAUGUCCAACGUGUCACAUCCUUAUGAGCCAGAACUAAAAUCAUGGAAAGUAGUAACAAAAACUAAGCAAAAAAGCAAACAACACAAACUGAAGCGUCGCAGUGGAAAUUCAAAGAAGAAAUGUCCCAAAAUAAAACAGAAAUUCAAAAUAACCAAUAACAGUUUAACUGGUUCGGUGCUGUGCGACUAUGAGUAUGUUGAUUCAGUUUCUCCUCAGCUGAAAGGCUUUUCUGAUGUGAGUCAAAACUAUGAAAAGUCAAUCGCUUAUCCAGAAGACAAUCCCAAUUUGUACAAAAACGAAGCUGCCGAUUCUACUGCUUUCUGCAAAAACGAUUCUGCAUUAACAUGUACUCCUGUCUUCAUGGAAGAUAGAAAGAGUUUAUUUAAAUCGGAGAACGAUCGAAGUAAUAGUGCAACCAUGGGGUCAAGUUUAAUCUUUCAAUCACAUAUCUCCCAUGAUAUCAUGCAUACGAAUGGCUGUUACUUUGACGAAAUGAAUUCCCCUACUCAUGAUAAUUUAUCUGUUGAAACAUCCGAUUCACAUUUGUGGUUUUCUGGAAAGUUAGAAUCUAAUUCUAAUAAAUCUUCUUAUCCUGUGUACGCUCAUCAAAAUGUUGAUAGUUUAGAUAGUCAGAGUCUAACUACACAUCUCCCUUCGUCAACAGUAUCUCCUUCAUCACUGGAUUUAGGAUCGUUUCCUUUUCCUAAUCCUACUCAGUGGACCAUUGAAGAAGUAUACAACUACAUUACGGCUCGUGAUGCUACUCUCCUUGAAGCAGCGGAAAAAUUCAAACACCAUGUAUGUUUUUUGUCAUCGUUAAUACUGUCCGUUUUCUCUUACUUAUUUCCAUAGCUCAAACUAAAGUGGGUCAUUCUUUUAUUUUACAAAUAAUUACUGGUCCUCAGGUUUUAUGUUGUGGUGUUUUUUUCAGCACGAAUAAUGCUUUGUGUACAGGAAUCCAGAAGUCCCACAAAGUAGGUCAGGUAUCAGAAUGAGACUGGAAAACGCGAUAUUCUAAUUUAGGAUGUUUUUAAUUCUGGAUGAAAUCUUUUGUAACCUAGCAAGUUACAUUUUUUCAUAUCAAUGCUGGAUUAAAAACUUGAGUAGCGUUCGCAAUCGACCUUGUAUUGUAACACGGAUACUUUGAUAGUAAAAAUACCGCUUAUUGUGGUGUACACAUCGCAUCAGUUAGUCAUGCAGUUUUCAAGUUUUUUAGUCUUAUAAUUAGUUGAACUAACGUCAGUUAAUACUAAUGCUGGUAUUUAUUACAAAGAGAAUAAUAAGUUUGCUUUUUUCAAUAGACCUCCAAUUAUGACAAUCCAUGUUAGCUAUAUUCACCGGUUAUGCGCAAUAUUUACCUCUUUACACACUAGUGACGAAUUUUUUAUGUUGUAGUUGGUCAAUAACUGUUUUUAACGAAUAGAUCUUUAGUACUAGUAUCUUCACUAGCUAUUUUCAUACUAUAAUUUUGCUUUAUUUUAAAUAAACUAGUGAAAAAUGAUAUAUUAAUAUUGUAGUCUCUGGUUGGUCCGAAUCGAUGACCGCUUUUAGUACUUUAUUUGAUCUAAUUUCAGUAGUUGUAAUACCAGUCAUUCAGUUAUACGCAGGGUAGAACCUGACAUACAAGUAUAUAGGUUUAAGUUGCCAUACCACAUUACAUUAUGAUGUACGUAUAACUUGCUACCGUAUGUCGAUUUAUAAGUAGUAAGCAUUAGUAUAUAUAUUAUGAGCAUUAACGGCACUUUUCGCCUUUCUAAAUAAAAUUAGCUAAAGUCGGUCAGAACCCUCAGGCUUUACUUGUCUAGUGAAGGCACAUCAUUAGCUCUUGAGUUGUUAAACGAACACUUAUGAUAGUUUUCUAUAGUUAUACAUUAAGGAUUCGUACCUUUUUUCCAUUGUAAAGUUUGUAUCUUUCUGCAAAUAUACUGUGUGGUCAAAGCAUCCAUAAAUUUGAUAUUGUAUUAUGUGUACGAAGAUUUAAAAAAAUAGUAAGUAGAUGUAUUAUAAUUCUUCUGUUACAGGAAAUAGAUGGCCAAGCACUUCUUCUUCUUAGCAUGGAAUCACUGCGUAAUUAUAUGAAGAUUAAAUUGGGUCCGGCUUUGAAAAUGGUUCAUCUUAUCAGUCGUCUAAAACGUGGGUUGCUGUAACAGCUAGUCUUCGGAGUUUGGCUUCUUUAUUGGUCCUUUAUAUUUCAAUUAUACGAUCCGGACAAUAACGAUUUGCAGAUGAUGAAUGUUCUUAAAUCUUCUCUAAAAUUUAUGUGUAUCCGUGUUUCUAAUCUAUUUUCUUAGCACUCAAAUUGACAGAUCUUUGAGUUCAAUGUAGUUGAAUUCAUUCGGUUAAUACAACUGUUCAAUAUGAAAAAUCGUCUUGAAACAAGACUUUCGUUUUUUCUUAUUGAAACUAACGUUACCACUUUAGUAUCUUCUACUUAAGCUUUAUUAAUUAAGCUUGGUCUGUUUUAUUUAUAUAUAUAAAGAUUCGAAGUGUUUUCCGUAGCGUACAAAAUUAUUUUGCGUUUGUUAUGUUGCAUAAGCUGGUAUAUACGUGGUUAAUUAGGUCUGUUACCCCUUUUUACAUGCUAGGGAUGGCUCUAAUAUGUCUCUUGAUAUCAUGGUUUAAUUCCCUGUUCCUUACACCUGUCACCCGUCACGGACGAACAUAGGCCUUCUUUUUGAUUUAUCUUUCAGCUUAUAAAUAUUCGGAGGAUUCUUACUUGUCUUGGUAACCUUCGGCGCACGACAAUCCCAUCCAAUUCGGUAUCGAACUAACACCACAUUGAUUCUGGUGGUUGAGUAGUGUAGUGGCAUUGGACCAUAACCAUACAAGAUUACUCGGAUUAUAGAUAUUCAAUAUUUAACGCGGAGAAAUAACCUAACGAUGGAGAAGGCGGGAAGAAUGUAUUGAAUGAAUUGGAGUUGAUCGAACGGCAUGGGUCGGCAUGCAGGGGUGGUCCCUGCUGAAUGUUACCUUAUAUCUUCUGUUCAUAUUAAAUAUAUUGUUCUUUCUCU